AUGUCGCCAGAGGUCCACUGCUCCGACGCAGAGGAGGCGGCCGCAGUGGCGGCCUGGCUCGGGCGCAGCGGCUGCGCCAUGCCCGUCGUGGCGCAGAUAGACGACCGCGACCUCGGGGCGCGCAUGCUCGCCGCGCUAUGCGCUGCGGCGCGCGGCGGCGCGCAUGCAUCCAGCGAGCCCCCGCCGCCGUCGCUGCCGCCGGCGCCGCGCGCAGUGAUGGUGGCCGGCACAGACGUGCCCGGCCUCAGCGCGGCCGUGUUCUCGUCAGCGGCCGCCGUCCUGCUGGGCGGGGAGCACGAUGUCGUCCUCGGGCCCGCGGCCGACGGCGGUUACUACCUGCUCGGCAUCACAGCCGCCGCGCUGUCGAGCCCCGCCGCCGCCGCGCUGUUCGAGGGGAUCGCAUGGAGCACGCCCGGCGUGCUGGCGGCGACGCGCGCAGCGGCGGGGCGUGCGGGGCUGAGGGUGGCGCCGGAUGGCGCGCUGCCCGUGCUGCGCGAUGUGGAUACGUUGGAGGAUCUGAGAGAGUGGGUGAGGCACCAGCAGCAGCAGCAGCAGCAGCAGCAGCAGCAGCAGCAGCAGCAGCAGCAGCAGCAGCAGCAGGAGCAGCGGAAUCAACCAGGGGACCAGAAGCAGCAGCAGCAGCUGCAGAAGCAGCGGAUUGAAGAAUCUGGGGAGCAGCAGGGGCAGCAGUGGGGAGAACAAGAGCGCGAGCGGCGGGGAAGCCAGAGCGAGGCGCUUCAGCAGGGUGGGUGUGUACGGCGCGAGGAGCAUCCUUUGGUGCCGAUUGCACUCGCCACGAUCGGCGCCUCGGGGGCAGAGGCGCCCCAUGGAAGCCGGGAAGACUGA